UCCACCACAUACACACACACACACACACACACACAAAUAAAUAACAAAGGCACUUUUAAGAGUCACGUUCGUCUUGUUCACCUUUACCCAUCACCUGUACUCUCUUCAGCUCUCUUUCUCGCUCCCCUCUCCUCUCUUUGUCUCUCUUUGUCCCCCCUCCCUGUAUAUUUAUUUAUUUGUCCAUCUCUUUGUUGUGAGUCUUUCUGUCUGUUUGUUUUUCUGUCCAUCACUAUGUCCAUGAGUGAUUCAGAAAUCCAAGAAAAUCUAAUGGUCUUGGAUAACUUGGUUGAUCAUCAAGAACUGAAGGAUGAGCUCCAAAGUCUUGAUGACUUUCUUGGUGAGCUGCAAGAAGAGGAGGCGGCAGCAGCACCAUCAAAGACACCUGAGCCAAGGCAACCAAAGGUGCACUGGAGAAAAAGAGACGUGCAUGGAAAUAUUGUCUAUGCAAGGCCGAGAUCAAGCAGGGAUCAGUCAAAAAAGGCUGAUCACAUUCAGAACACUGAUCCUACCUUCAAUGCUCCUGACACUAACUGUGAGGUGGCCUUUGCUCCAGAGACUGUUGAGUGUUUUCUACAAGAUCUCCAGCACUCACUGAGCGAUUCCUCAGGUGAUGAGGCAUCACCUCUUGGAACCCCAAGAGAUCCUCUUCUGGCAUCCUCGAACUGGGGCAUUCGUCAGAGUCUCUUUUCAGAGAGGUGGAGGGCAGAGAGACCCCGUCUGGUAAACACGGCUGCAGCAAAAGAAAGUGUGGCAACACACAUCUGCCAGCAGUGUUGGAGCAGUCCAGCAGUUAUCCGGUGCAGUGACUGUCGACCACACCCCUUCUUCUGUGCUGAAUGUGACAUCAGCAUGCACACCAGACAUGUCCUCCACAAUAGAGAUGCCAUGACUGCUGGCUUCUUCCAGCAAUUGCCUCCAACAACUGUCGUGGUCGAUAAGGCUCUUUCCCAAUGUGUGCGGCUUGUACCUGUGGAAAUGCCUGACAAAAUCUGUGGUUGUUCACCAGAGUCAUUGAGGGUCAGUCCAGGAAAGACUGUUGCUGUGGUCACAAUGAAUGGACGAUAUGAUCUAAGCAUGCCCGAGUUAUUUUGUGAGGCAUGCCAAGCCACUUGGACUGCUGCAGUGGCCGACCUUAACAGCAGUGACUACUGGCCGGCAACUCUUCAGUUUGCCACAAUUUAUACUACCGAUAUAUUUUUCUCAUUUGAGGAAAUGAAGAUGGUGGCACCAGGACUGUCCUGUCAAGCAUUUUUAAGAAUGCUGGAUCAGCGAACUGUUCGCUUUGGUCGUAUCUGAGGAACAGGCCAUCUUUGAAGGCAUCUUUAUAGCCAAAGAUGAAGAUGUUACAAGAUUUGUGGACCACAUUCACAGCACAACCAAACAUGUCAGUGGGAGAGGUGUUUGUGGAGGGGAGUGGUCAGCAGCCAGAGAGACCUCACAAAGAUCUGCCAGCAAGGUAGACGAAGAGGGAUUGGAGGUUGCGGUUUGUCGGCACGGAGUGCUUCUCUGUGCUUUAAAUAUGUACAGGGGUGAAAUUUUUGCCUAUCCCCUGUACCUUCAAGAAAAGUUGGCCAGUAGGCAAGUCACUUUUUUUUGUAUGGAUGUGACCUGCAAAUAUUGGCCCUACCUGCAAAGAGUUACAAAAAGCUGCCCAGAGCUCCAGCACCUCCUUAACAUGAGACCAUUCCUUUCGGUAUUUCAUGCCAAAGCCCAUGAUUUUAAAUGUGAGGUGAAAUGGAGUGGGUCGUAUCAGGAUGGGGCUGGACUAACACUAGGGGAGGAGGUGGAACAGUGCAAUGCCUUCCUCUCUAGGAUUGCAGUGACAACAAAACAUAUGUCAAAAGCAGGACGCACAGACAUGCUGACUCUCAUGGCCAUGCGAUGGAAUCAGCAAAAGUUCCGAAAUUUGGCAGUUUCACUGACUCGCCGAUAUCAGAAGACCAGAAAAGCUCUGCAAAGCCAGUUACAAAACCUAGAGUCCUUGAAAGCCCAAUUGGCAGUGACAGAGAGCUAACUGGAAGACUGGGUCAGUGAUGUAAAGGAGUGGGCAGGCGCAAGAGUAACAACCACAAAUGAUGCUGAUGGCU